AUGGAGUUUAAGAUGGAGUUUAAGCUGGAGUUUAAGCUGGAGUUUAAGCUGGAGUUUAAGCUGGAGUUUAAGCUGGAGUUUAAGCUGGAGUUUAAGCUGGAGUUUAAGCUGGAGUUUAAGAUGGAGUUUAAGCUGGAGUUUAAGCUGGAGUUUAAGCUGGAGUUUAAGCUGGAGUUUAAGCUGGAGUUUAAGCUGGAGUUUAAGCUGGAGUUUAAGCUGGAGUUUAAGCUGGAGUUUAAGCUGGAGUUUAAGCUGGAGUUUAAGCUGGAGUUUAAACUGGAGUUUAAGCUGGAGUUUAAGCUGGAGUUUAAGCUGGAGUUUAAGCUGGAGUUUAAGCUGGAGUUUAAGCUGGAGUUUAAGCUGGAGUUUAAGCUGGAGUUUAAGCUGGAGUUUAAGCUGGAGUUUAAGCUGGAGUUUAAGCUGGAGUUUAAGCUGGAGUUUAAGCUGGAGUUUAAGCUGGAGUUUAAGCUGGAGUUUAAGCUGGAGUUUAAGCUGGAGUUUAAGCUGGAGUUUAAGCUGGAGUUUAAGCUGGAGUUUAAGCUGGAGUUUAAGCUGGAGUUUAGCUUUACGCUGCCCCGGCUCUCUCCUCACCCGUACCACAUGCCGAAUCAGCCGAGCGGCCGACCGUCUCGAAACCCCACCAUCUGCAUCAGCCGCGCCACUCGCGCCCUUGAGUGGAACGCCUCCCUGGACCGGGAGAUCACUGAUCCGAAAGAACUCCGCAACCUGGACGAAUAUCUCGGAAAUCAGGUGAAUGAACUCAAAUUACGUGUCAAAGAGCUCACUCCGACAGAGACCAUCUUCCUCACUGCAACAAUGGAGUUCAGAGAGACCAUCAAAAGCAUGUUUUCUGUUCAGAAACCUCAGAUAGCAUACAAGGACCUGAUGAAAGGUUACCAGAACAAAGUAAACUCUCUGGCUGGAGCCAAACAGAAAGCAGAAGUGUCGCUGGUGGUAAACUUGUUCCAGUCCGUGCUCGACAUCUUCGUGAGAGCAGAGUUAAAACGAACGGAGUCGGAUCCGGUGAAGCCGAAUAAACAAACAAAAAAGAGGCCCAAAAAGGAGAAAUGUCCCGACAGCCCAUUGGAUCACCUUUUCAGCACUUACCAAGUCAACAUCAUGCAGUCUUGUGACUUGUGCGGUUCCUACAUCUGGGGGAUGGAGAAGGCGUACAUGUGCAGUGCCUGCAAGUUGAUAUGCCACAAAAAAUGCCUCACCAAAAUCAUUACGAAUUGCUCAACGCGCUGCUCUAGGAUGGAUGAAAACGUGCCUGGCUCGCUAUAUUUCGGGGUGCAGGUGUGCGUCCUCACCAGUAAAGUGAACCCAGUGCCCAAAGUGGUGGAGCUGCUGCUGAUGCACGUGGAGCUCAAUGGUCUUUACACCGAGGGGAUCUACAGGAAGUCUGGGUCCACGUGUCGCGCCAGAGAGUUGCACCAAAUCCUCGAGACAACACCGGAAGAGGCCUGUUUGGACAACUAUCCGAUCCACACCAUCACCGGCCUGGUCAAGCGCUGGCUCCGAGAACUGCCCGACCCUCUGAUGACCUUUGCUCUGUACAAUGACUUUCUACAUGCUGUUGAGCUGCCAGAGAGAUCAGAACGUAUCCGUGCCGUUUACCAAAAAGUAGACGAACUUCCUCCAUCUAAUUACAACACAUUGGAGCGCCUCGUCUUCCAUCUCGUCCGAGUCGCCAAAGAGGAGGAGCACAACAAGAUGUCUCCCAGCUCGUUGGCCAUCGUCUUCGCUCCAUGUGUCCUGCGCUCUCCAGACUCAGACGACCCGUUCCUCGGCAUGAAGGACGUGGCCAAAAUAACAAUGUGUAUGGAGAUCCUGAUCUCGGAGCAGUUCAGACGAUACAAAGAGAUGAUGCAGAACAUUCACGAGCUGGAGUACGCCGAGGCCCUGGCCGUCAACGAGCUUCAGCUGCGGAGGCAAAACACGAUUGUGGAGAAGGAAACACUGGACGUCCCUGACCACAACGAUUCUGAUGAAACUGAAAAGACACUCAUCGAUAGAAUAAAAUCAAUCAAACAGGAGAAGGUGGACUUGGCCUGCAGACUUCCCGAUCUGGAGCAGGAGCAAUCAGACAGUGAAAACUUGGACUCGACUUCGUCAAUGAGCACAGAGAGCCUCGAAGACCGCCUGAAAAGCCUGGAAUCGGAAGGCAAGCUGACUUUACGAUUGACAAACAGGAAGCCCGAUUCGCCCACAAACCUGAUUGACCUGGCACAGAGAGUGAGGAGUUUAAGAGCACAAACGGACGAUGGACAAUUUGAGUUUUUACCUACUGAAUCUCUGCCUUCUCCCAAAACAAAAGACAAACUUUUUCCUAUAGAAAAACAAGGAAACUUCGACCAUCUGGAUAUCCCUUACAUCGACGAGGAUGAAGACCACACUUGA